CGCGGGGGCAGCGCCCUCGGGGAGCCGGCCGGCCGGCGGCGGCGGCAGCGGCGGCGUCUCUCGCCUCGUCCUCGUCCUCUCUUCUAACCGUGCAGCCUCUCGCUCGGCUUCUCGUGCAAGGGACGGUGGAAGCCGCGGGCCCGGGCGGGAGCCGGCUGAGGCGCGGCGGCGGCGGCGGCGGCGGCGGCGGCGGCGGCACCUCCCGCUCCUGGAGCGGGGGGGAGAAGCGGCGGCGGCGGCGGCGGCCGCGGCGGCUGCAGCUCCGGGGAGGGGGCCGGAGUCGCCUGUCACCAUUUCCAGGGCUGGGGCCGCCGGAGAGUUGGUCUCUCCCCUCCUACUGCCUCCAACACGGCGGCGGCGGCGGCGGCACGUCCAGGGACCCGGGCCGGCUGUAAACCUCCCCUCCGCCGCCGCCGCACCCCCCCCGGCCCGGGCUCCGGAGGCCGCCGGCGCAGGCAGCGGCCGUGCCGAGGAUUCUCCGUCUCCUUCCCGUCCCGCGGCCGCCGCGGCCAGGCCUCUGGCUGCUGAGGAGAAGCAGGCCCAGUCGCUGCAACCAUCCAGCAGCCGCCGCAGCAGCCAUUACCCGGCUGCGGUCCAGAGCCAGGCGGCGGCAGAGCGAGGGGCAUCCGCUACCGCCAAGUCCAGAGCCAUUUCCAUCCUGCAGAAGAAGCCCCGCCACCAGCCGCUUCUGCCAUCUCUCUCCUCCUUUUUCUUCAGCCACAGGCUCCCAGACAUGACAGCCAUCAUCAAAGAGAUCGUUAGCAGAAACAAAAGGAGAUAUCAAGAGGAUGGAUUCGACUUAGACUUGACCUAUAUUUAUCCCAACAUUAUUGCUAUGGGGUUUCCUGCAGAAAGACUUGAAGGCGUAUACAGGAACAAUAUUGAUGAUGUAGUAAGGUUUUUGGAUUCAAAGCAUAAAAACCAUUACAAGAUAUACAAUCUGUGUGCUGAAAGACAUUAUGAUACCGCCAAAUUUAACUGCAGAGUUGCACAGUAUCCUUUUGAAGACCAUAAUCCACCACAGCUAGAACUUAUCAAACCCUUUUGUGAAGAUCUUGACCAAUGGCUAAGUGAAGAUGACAAUCAUGUUGCAGCAAUUCACUGUAAAGCUGGAAAGGGACGAACUGGUGUAAUGAUUUGUGCAUAUUUAUUACAUCGGGGCAAAUUUUUAAAGGCACAAGAGGCCCUAGAUUUCUAUGGGGAAGUAAGGACCAGAGACAAAAAGGCUGUGAUUCGAGGCUUGGCACUCCUGGAGCAGAAUACCUCCACAACAAUAGAUAAGAUUUCUCUCAGGAUGGAAGACAGAGCCGUGCACCCCGGUGCACAGUGAUGAACAAAGCAGUGAGUCACAGUGACGUGCAGAGCUUUGUCUUAACCAAAGCAACAAAACCAGAUGUUUUGCCAGGCAUUAAGGUGUACUAUCUGUCUACAAAAUAUUGAGAUUUCUUCAGGAGAAGGUUUUUUGGGGGCAUUUUGAAAAUGUUAAUGUUCCCUGAAGUUUCCAAAGAGGACUCCAAAAUAAGUAUUAUUCUUUGAUUGUGUUACCAUGCGCGUAUUUGAUGAAAACUAGUAGCAGGCUAAACUGAGAAGUCGUCAUCAUAUACUGAAGGGAAGUGGUAUUUCCAGUCCUCUCGUGACCUUCAUAGUUUCAGAAAAAGAGGUCGGUUUUUCUGGAAUGGACAGAAUUAUUUGCUAGAGAUACUGCAACAGUCUUAACUUUUCUGUUGCAAGCUACAAACA